GCGGCGCCCACAAGCUGUUCUGUGACAAUUGAUGGAGCGAUUUGGGGAAGAUGGACUUUGAUAAACCGCGGCCACACAAUUAGUUUAAUGAAUUCCUCAGUUUUCUAAGCUCUUUGUAUGCCUGAUCUCAGUCUACCGUGGCGGACUCCUUGCAAACUAAAGCUUUUUUAUUAGGGACAAUGGCAGCGGUAACGAGUCCGGAAACGACACCUCAACCCCGGGUCUAUUUUCAAACACCUCCCGGUACCGAAGAAGAAGUGCCACAGAAGCAAGGACGAGUGACCGUAAAAUAUGACAGAAAAGAGCUGAGGAGGAGGCUGAAUUUGGAAGAGUGGAUAGUUAGCCAGUUAAUGAAUCUAUACGACUGCGAGGAGGAUGAGGUGCCUGAGCUGGAAAUAGAUGUGGAUGAACUUCUGGAUUUGCCCAGCGACGUCGAGAGAGCCAUUCGAGUGAAGAUGCUGCUGGUCGACUGUUAUAAGCCUAAUGAUGAUUUCGUGGCGGCGCUGCUGGAGAAGGUGCGGGGGAUGCAGAAGCUCAGCACCCCUCAGAAGAAAGGCGAUCUGACACCAUGAGUUCACCACAGCUCCUCCAAACACCACCAAACCAACCUGUCACUCCAAACCCAGAGGAGCGAAGCAGGCAUGCAGACCCAACCACUAAACCACAGCGUCUGUCAAAUGAAGAUCAACGAUACGAGUCCAGCCAAGCCAAUCUCAGCCACAGGUUGACCACCCCAAACUCUUUUUACUUCGUCUUAGUACUGUUUCAGCAUAUAUUACAUGUAGAGAGUGUGCUAGUGUCCCCCCCUUUAGUCUAAAACUCCCAUUGUGAUUUAGGGCAAGGAGUCGAAUGGUUGAUGUUUCACUGUUCACUAAUACACUUCUUAUUUUCCAACCACGUGACUUGGCUUGAUGUGUCUGUCUGUAAUCAAGUAGGAAAUUAGAACAAAGCUGAUUUCUUUUCACCCUCUUUUAUGUUUGGGUCAGUCUCUCACAUCAGCUGUCUUAAAGGCGAAAUGAUUUUUUUUGCAGGCCAGCAAAUAGUUGUAGAUGUGGGGAUUCAGCUUUUGGAGCGUGUUGAUGUAUUUUGGGUAGGGGAAGGGGGGGGG